UCGAACCGUCUGCUGCAAGCCGGCUGCACGGUCAACUGGUCCUGUUUUGUGUAGAAAUGGCGAUUUCCAGGCGAGGACACAGGCGACUAUCUGCCUCUGAAAUGAGCGAUCAUUUUCGGCUGAUCAAUGAACAGUCCGUUGAGGAUAUCAACCUGGAAUUUUUCUACAAACCACACACACUUACGCUUCUUUUAGCUGCGCUGAUCGCUACAGUCUACUUUGCAUUCACAAAAACGAGUGACACAAGCAACGAUGGCAAUAUCCGCAAUGGUCUGUGCUGUGUUGUAUUCUUCUUUCUUCUUAUCAGUCUACUUGCAUUCCCAAACGGUCCAUUUACAAGGCCCCAUCCAGCAUUAUGGCGAGUUGUAUUUGGUGUCAGUGUGAUGUAUCUAUUGCUUCUUGUCUUCAUUUUGUUUCAAAACUACCAAGACAUCCGUCGCAUUAUGGUCUGGUUCUUCCCCGAUCUUGAAGCGCAACAACCUACAGAAAAAUCUUACGCAGUUAAUUGUUCAGACAUAACCUUUGAGCGAGUGUGGGGUCACCUGGACUGGUUUGCAUUCUCACAUUUUUUCGGCUGGAUCGUCAAAGCAAUGAUGAUUCGGCAUUGGGGGAUCUUAUGGACGCUGAGCUUUACAUGGGAACUAACAGAGUUUGCCUUCAUCCACCUUCUGCCCAACUUUGCGGAGUGCUGGUGGGACUCCCUGGUCCUGGAUUUUCUCCUAUGUAACGGCGCUGGGAUCUGUCUGGGUCUAUUUUUGUGCAAAAAGCUGGAGAUUAAAAAUUUUCACUGGGAUAGCAUCAGAGAUAUCCGUUCUACAUCUGGUAAAAUCAGGCGAGCCAUGUUGCAGUUUACGCCAGCAAGUUGGACAGAGGUACGCUGGCUGGAUCCACAAUCUUCCUACAUGCGUGUCAUUGCAGUCUUCAUUAUGAUUCUCUUCACACAGCUUGUGGAGCUAAAUACUUUCUUCUCUAAACACAUUUUCCUAUUCGCUCCGGACCAUCCGCUCUGCGUUAUUCGCAUUUGCUUAGUAUGUUCAAUGGUGGCUCCAGUACUGAGGCAAUAUCAUUCUUACGUGACGGACCCUGCUUGUAAGAGGGUUGGAACUCAACUCUGGGUUUUUGCAGCCAUAACUGUGAUUGAAUCUCUCAUCUGUGUAAAGAGUGCAAUUGAUCUGUUUGCUCAGACCAUUAUUUUCAACGUAGUCCUUUGGUUACUGGCACAGAUGCUUAUGGUUGUGAUUUGUCUGUAUGGAAUCGUCUUACAAACAAGGAAGGAGGGUCACACGGACCGAUCACGAAACACUAAAAAGCGGACGGAGAAUUCAUACAUAGAAGAAGUGAAUGGGCUCUCAUCAAACUCUGAGCAGUCAUCUGGCGCUACACACAGGUACAACACCAGGAGGCGGAUUAGCGCCGCUGGUGGAGACCUCAACUAAAUUCUCUGGAGGUAUCUUAGAUCUUGUCCACCAGACCUGCCGCCGGCUUUACAAAACUUUACGCAUCUUUGUAAGUCCACUUGCGUAGCUGUGUAAGUUGUGUACCGCUGACACAAGAAAUCUUGCACAAGUGAACUUACAUAAGCAGAAAGUUUUUUUAAAUCAGGAAUCUAUGGGGUCGUUCAGACAUGGUACUAAAGUUGGUUUAACUCAUGGUUCAACCCGAUCGAGUUCAACUCAGUGUGUCUGAACGGAUCUA